AUGUCUCUGGAAACUCCGUUGGACCUCUUGAAACUUAAUCUAGACGAAAAAGUGUUUGUCAAACUACGCGGUGCUCGCGAAAUGACCGGAACUUUACAAGCGUUCGACACUCACUGCAACAUUGUUCUUUCGAAUGCCACAGAGACAAUUUAUGAACUUUUGGAGGGAGAGUUGAAGUCGAGCACAAAAUCUUCGGACAUGGUAUUUGUUAGAGGUGAUUCAGUAACGCUGAUCACAACUCCAUCGGAGGACUAA